UCAUUUUGACCAUAUAUGUAUGUAGAUAAUACUUUCAGUAAACGAAAGUGAAAGUGGUUAUUCAACGAAACACUACGUAAAAUAUACUAUUUAAAUGCAAUUCAUUUCGAUAAACUCCAGCUGUCGCGGCCUACUAUCUCUUCGAUUUCCACCAAAACUCUCUCCAAAUUUACAUUAAAUUCAAAAUGGUUAAAAUUGAAGAUUGUUGCCAAAAUUGUGGUCAGGUGAAAGCUUCUCUUUAUCAAUGUUCUCAGUGCAAAGUUGUUUCCUAUUGUUCCAAAAAUUGUGAAAGAAAGCACAAAAAAGAACACAGCAGAGUGUGUUUUACUCCUCAAACUACACGGAAUCAAAUAAAUCCAUUGACUGAAUCAGAAGUAUCAUGUCCCAAUAAUAGAAAAAAAUCAAAUAAUGAAAAAACAGAUAGUAAAAAAGAGUGUUUAAAAGACAGUUCCAAUGGUGAAACAGAAAAUUUUUGUCAAACAUGUUUUAGAACUAAUAUUCCUUUAUGGAAAUGUUCUAAGUGCAAAACAACUUACUACUGUUCAAUUGACUGCCAGAAAUAUGAUUGGCCAUCACAUAAAAGCAAUUGUAAGGCUCCAGAAAUGAAUACUAAGGUGAAGUAUGAGAAGGGGAGUGGCCAUGAGUAUAGCAAGGAGGGAAUUAUCAAAAAGGACCCAGUAAAGGAGAACAGUGUGAGCGUAGAUGAUGGGGAUGGUUGUGAGGUGGACAGCAAGGUAGGCAAUAAGAAUAAAAAGAAAAGAAAUAGAAGAAAAAAGCGUAAGAAUGUCAACAAUGUCAAUAUAGAAAAUGACGGAGCCACUUGUAAGACAGAUGACAGAGUUGACAACAACAAAAAGGAUAGUGACACAAAGGCUAGCAAGGGAAACACUGGAAAUAUGGACUAUAAGGGCAAAGAUGGUGGAAGAGACAGCGAGAAGAAAGCCAGUCAGAAAAAGAGAGUCGAGGUGAAGAGCAAAGAGGAUAUUAAGAAGACUGGAACAGUAAAAAAUGGGGAGGAAAGUGAUGCAAGAACUAGUGGCAAAAAUAUUGGUGGAAUAUGUGACAGUUGUGGUAAUUUUUACGAACAGUUAAAGAGAUGUAGUCAAUGCUUGAAUGCAAGAUAUUGCUCAAAAUCUUGUCAAAGAUCUGCAUGGCCUCUUCACAAGAAAUUGUGUAUAUCUUCUAACAAUGCAAAUACCGAAUCUUCAAGACUCAUAGAUAAUUUCCAGAAAGCUGUGCAUGAAGCAGAAAGGAGAUUUCCCUACCAUUAUAAAACUACAAGGUUUUUUGAGGUUUUAGUAGGACAUCCGGCUUAUCGUUUCGAAAGAAAUAAACUUCUUGUUACUUACAUUUUAAAAGAAGGAUUCCACAUCUUUAGGCCUUCUUUUUUCGUCCAAGAUAUUGAAGGUGGCAUAUGUAGUCUAAUAUUCUAUCACCAAGAAUCAGAUCCUUAUCCGUAUUUUUCCUGGGACCAACUGAAAGUUGGGAAAUAUAUUUGUAUCUUGGAACCUGAGAUUCAUCAUUUUUUUGAUGGACAAGUUGGUUUUAGAAUUAAUUCUACUGAGGAAGUUAGGGUUUUAUAAAAUGUUGGGCAAAAAGAAAUAAAUCUAUUUUAUCA